AUGCAUUCAUCAGUGGGGAGAUGUUUAUCCAUUUUGUACACUUCGCCUCUGGGAACGGCCGAGCUUUUGCAUGCAAUCGGACAGAACCAGGAGCUUUCUGCCGAUGAUAGUAUUCACGCCAUGUUCAGCCUUGUUUAUGGCAAUUGUGUCUUCCCAAGUGAUGAGAAAGCUGUUCUAGAGACACUUAACUGUUUGAUACGUGUUCAACUCCUGACUCAUAAUAACCCCCGUCUCGUUAUCCGUAAAGGAACGGCAGCCUUUCCACGCCUGUAUAAGUUGUACAGCGAUUCCCUCUAUGCCGCAAAGAUUUUUCUAACUGCAGCGCUUCAUGAUUCUGUCAUGUUGGUUCUAUGUCAGGAUGAGGUAUUCCUUGACAUCGACCCUGCUAAGUCUCCUCUAAGAUUCCCAAGCGCGGAUCGUGUGCGCCGUUUUGGCGAUGACCCCACAAGUGCACAGUAUCAUAAAAGAGUGGCCGCGCAUCGGAAGCUAAUAGUUGAAAAGCUUGUACUACUUGCUCACAGUUUUAUCAAAGGGAUUUGUGAUGCGAUUUCGUGUUUUCCGUUAGGUUUGAUAUGGCUAGUGCAACAGUUGAAUUCAUCACUAACUGAAAUCAAACGACUUAAUGUAUGUGAGGCAACACUGAUCUGUACUGACCUUAUCGUAACCAAUUUGUUAUGUCCGGCAAUAAUAAACCCGGAAAACGUGGGCAUAAUCAGUGAUACACCUAUUAGUCAUAUUGCUCGAUUCAAUCUCAUGCAAAUAGGACAGAUAAUACAGACUCUUGCAUUAAGUCGCUAUGAAACACCACAGCCACACUUUCAUAUCUUCGCUGCACAAUUUAAAGAUAGUCCUAUUUGCGAUAUUGUUGGUUCGCUAUUGUCGCGUUCUUUGGGUUCCUUUGAUUCGCUGUUCCCUCCUGUUUUAUGUGAGUCGCACAGGUCAAGAGAGCUGUUUCGUCGCACAUAUUUUAUGGGUUCGGUUGCUGAAGUCAAUGCAGUGAUGUCAAUUCUUCAUUCCAAUGCGUUGUCAAGCGUAUCGUCGAACGAGUUGAGGGCUGAAAUUGAUGCUUUGCGUAGCCGUAUUCCCAAGUUAUUCUCAACAAGUUCCACACUCUGUAUAGAUCCACCUGCCGAAUCAGUAUCUGUUGCACAACCAAGAUCAAAUAAAAUGAGGAACUUAGCUGAUAAAGGUUAG